UCGAGUGCUUGUGAUCAUAGUGUGUUCACAGAUGGCCUGCCGGACAAGUUUUCAAUGAAUAUUCUAGGUCUUUACAGUCAAAUGCCCAAAUUCACGGCAAUUAUGGAUAUAAUUCGUUUGUUAUGGAUAAUACGGAUUGUGUGGGCUGUUGAAGAUGUGUUGAUGGACUCCACAACGGCAACGGCAGAGCUGGGCUGGACGAUAUAUCCAUCACUGGGGUGGGAAGAGGUGAGUGGCUACGACGAGAAGAUGAACACCAUCCGCACCUACCAGGUGUGCAACGUCUUCAACGCCAACCAGAACAACUGGGUGCGCACCAAAUACAUCCAGCGGCGAGGAGCCCAACGGAUCCAUGUGGAGAUGAAGUUCUCUGUGCGAGACUGCAGCAGCAUCCCGAACGUCACCGGCUCUUGCAAGGAGACUUUUAAUCUGUACUACUUCGAGUCUGACAAGGACAUAGCCUCCAAGGUGUAUCCCGCCUGGAUGGAGAACCCUUGGAUCAAGGUGGACACCAUUGCGGCCGAUGAGAGUUUCUCCCAGGUGGACCUGGGCGGCCGUGUGAUGAAGAUCAACACGGAAAUACGCAGUUUCGGGCCGGUGUCACAUAAAGGCUUCUACUUGGCCUUUCAGGAUUAUGGAGCAUGCAUGUCGCUCAUCGCCGUGAAGGUUUUCUAUCGCAAAUGCCCCCGAGUUAUUCGGAAUGGGGCCAUUUUUGAGGAGACCUUGUCAGGUGCGGAGAGCACAUCUCUGGUGUCUGCCCGGGGCAGUUGUGUACCUAAUGGAGAAGAAGUGGAUGUUCCCAUUAAACUGUACUGCAAUGGAGAUGGGGAGUGGCUGGUACCUAUCGGACGCUGUGUGUGCAAGGCUGGGUAUGAGUCCGUGGACAACGGGACAGUGUGUAGAGCAUGUCCAUUUGGGUCCUUCAAAGCAUCUCAAGGGGACCAGCAGUGUCUCCAGUGUCCCAUCAACAGCCGCACCACCAGCGAGGGUGCAACCAACUGUGUGUGCCGCAGCGGAUACUACCGUGCGGACUCUGACCCUCUACAGAUGCCCUGUACCACGGUUCCGUCCGCACCCCAGAGAGUGAUUUCUAGCGUGAACGAGACUUCCCUGCGGCUGGAGUGGGAUCCGCCGAAAGAGAGUGGAGGCCGGGAGGACGUAGUCUAUAACAUCAUCUGCAAGAGCUGCGGUUCGGGUCGAGGGGCCUGCACUCGCUGCGGUGACAAUGUGCAGUUUGUGCCCCGCCAACUGGGCCUGACUGAUCCCCGGAUCCACAUCAGUGACCUGCUGGCCCACACGCAGUACACCUUUGAGAUCCAGGCUGUGAAUGGAGUGUCUGACCAGAGUCCCUUCUCACCUCAGUUCACCGCUGUCAACAUCACCACAAACCAGGCCGGUAAGACAGCAGUAAACACAGCUCCAUCUGCUGUGUCAAUCAUGCAUCAGGUCAGUCGAACUGUGGACAGUAUCACAAUGUCCUGGUCCCAACCAGACCAGCCCAAUGGAGUCAUUUUGGACUAUGAGCUGCAAUAUUAUGAGAAGGUAAAUGCAGCAGAGUCAAACUCCUCUCUACUGCGGAGUCAGACUAAUACAGCAGUUAUCCGGGGCCUGAAGCCGGGGACCAUCUACGUGUUCCAGGUGCGGGCCAGAACAGUGGCGGGUUUUGGACGUUUAAGUGGGAAGAUGUACUUCCAAACAAUGACUGAAGAGGAGUACAGCUCCAGCCUGCAGGAGAAACUGCCCCUCAUAAUCGGCUCUGCUGCUGCUGGUGUUGUUUUUCUCAUCGCUGUGGUUGUGCUCAUUAUCGUCUGUAAUCGGAGAGGUAGUGACAGGACAGAAUCUGAAUACACGGACAAGCUUCAGCAUUACACCAGCGGCCACAUGUCUCCAGGAAUGAAGAUCUACAUUGAUCCUUUCACAUAUGAGGAUCCCAAUGAGGCAGUGCGUGAGUUUGCCAAAGAAAUAGAUGUGACCUGUGUGAAAAUCGAGCAAGUCAUUGGUGCAGGUGAGUUUGGAGAGGUAUGCAGCGGUAAUCUCAGGCUUCCUGGGAAGAGGGAGAUUCUGGUGGCCAUUAAGACUCUGAAAUCAGGCUACACGGAGAAGCAGCGGCGGGACUUCCUGAGUGAAGCCAGCAUCAUGGGGCAGUUUGACCAUCCCAACAUCAUCCACCUGGAAGGAGUGGUGACCAAGAGCACGCCAGUAAUGAUUAUCACUGAAUUCAUGGAAAAUGGAUCAUUGGACUCUUUCCUUCGGCAAAACGAUGGCCAGUUCACCGUCAUCCAGUUGGUUGGCAUGCUGCGUGGCAUUGCAGCUGGCAUGAAGUACCUCUGUGACAUGAACUACGUACAUCGUGAUCUAGCUGCCCGCAACAUCCUGGUUAACAGCAAUCUAGUCUGCAAAGUAUCCGAUUUUGGGCUUUCUCGCUUUUUGGAAGAUGACACGUCAGAUCCUACAUACACAAGCGCCCUGGGAGGGAAAAUUCCAAUACGAUGGACUGCUCCCGAGGCCAUUCAAUACAGGAAGUUCACAUCCUCGAGUGAUGUGUGGAGCUAUGGGAUCGUAAUGUGGGAGGUCAUGUCCUAUGGAGAGCGACCUUACUGGGACAUGAGCAAUCAAGAUGUAAUAAAUGCUAUUGAACAGGAUUAUAGGUUACCUCCUCCUAUGGACUGUCCAAAUGCACUGCACCAGCUAAUGUUGGACUGCUGGCAGAAGGACAGAAACAACCGUCCGAAAUUCAAUCAGAUUGUUAACACUCUGGAUAAAAUGAUCCGUAAUCCUGGCAGCCUGAAGGCCACCACCCCUCUCUCUUCAGGUGUACAUCUACCUCUGCUGGACCGCAGCACACCAGACUUCUCCAGCUUCAGCACAGUGGAUGAAUGGCUGGACGCCAUCAAAAUGGGCCAGUACAAAGAGAACUUUGCCAAUGAAGACCUUACUACCUUUGAAGCCGUGUCUCAGAUGACUAUGGAUGACAUUAUGAGGGUGGGAGUCACACUAGCGGGCCACCAGAAGAAGAUUCUCAACAGUGUGCAGAUGAUGCGAGCCCAAAUGAACCAGAUCCAGUCAGUGGAGGUUUGAUUCAUAAGAGUGGAGGAUGGGACCAGCCUGUGCACACCAGACCCCUGUGGACCUUCUCACAGAAAGACGUCCCCCUCAGCGAGCCCUGUGUCCAGAGCCCAGCAGUAGUCACUUUCUCUGGGGAUGAUCAAGAACAGAUCCCUGCAAGACCGCUAUGGUCUUGAUACAGCACCAGCACACUGAAGGCAAGCUGUAGUCUUUGCAAUGGCCAAAAUUAUCCAUAAAUAUCAUUCUGGCUGCAUUUACAUGCAAGUUUAUGUUCCAGUAUUAUCUCUGACUUUGCAGUAUUUCUAAUAAACCACAUAAAAGCCUCUCAUGUUGGUAUAUCUAUUAUUUAAUAGACAUUUAAAAAUACAUUUCUAAUUUAAGGUGGCGGCCUCGUUAAAUGUACCCUUUGCAUAAAAAUAAUCGCCUUUUGUAUGUAAAUUGCUUGCUCUAAGCAGCUUUCUCUAUUGUUACAUUGUGUGCUAUCGAUUACCUGCAAAUCACCUGCCGAGUAACUAUUUUUGCUAAAGUUCAUUAGUUCUAAAAUCAACAAAUGAAAAUAUUUUUGAGCACCUUCUGGGUCCAUUUAAAAAAGCAUUUAUAAAAUGCAUCCAUUAAAAUUCAAAUAUUAGAAGAAUAUGUCACAGUUCACAGAAUAAGAAUAAAAUGCAGUCACCUUUUUAUGAUAGUGUUAUAUUGGGUAUAAAUUUAUUCAUGGCGUUUCCAUAUGAAGAAUAAAAGGGUUGAAAAGGUUGUUCAUGCAUGUAAAUGUAGCCACUUACACGUUAUUUUGGCUGUUAGUUUUUUGGGUAAAUCUGCAAUCUCAUUAAAUGAGAUUAAAUCAGAUUUUGAUUAUAUAUAGCCCCUUUACUCUUAACCAUAUUCACCAGAAAUGUGUUGACAAGAUCAUUUAAAAUGUAAAAUUUUGUUUUGGUGUGCAUCUGAAAUGGACAAUGGACUAAUAGCAAGAAAAAAAGGAGAAACAAUUAUACAUGUGUGAUGCUCAUGUAUGAUGAGGAAUGAUCCAUGUGAUGGAUCUUGUGCUGGCAGAAUUUGCCAAUAUGAGGACUAUUAUAGAACUAUGUGAAUAGUUGGCAAAGCAACCAGUACUGGUUCGGUAUGUUUUUUUGUUUGUUUGUUUUUUUUGUACAAAGUAAUGUGAUAUUUUUUAUUUUCUUCAUGAGUUUUAUUUAUUUGUUUUAUACUUUUUAACACCAAUACUUUCCAAUUAACCAUAUAAUCAUGCACCAGUGUUGUACUACAGAUGUUCUAGUCACAUAUCGAAAGCACUUCAUGUGCUGAUUUCCUCACAGAGCCUGGCGACAGAAUAUAAUAGAGGUGCAUGCCGGAUUUAAAUUGAUGUUUAUUUUUUAUCCCAAUAGUAAGUGUCCCUAAGUGUUAAUUUUUCAUUAGAUGUCAUGUUUUGAAAAAGUUUUCCCCCCACAUUUUUCUUUCGAUAUUUUAACAAUUUCUUGUAUUUAUGUAUAUGUAUACAUAUAUAAUUAUGUGUGUAUGUAUACAUGCUGGCACUUCACAAAUAGGGUACAAUAUGUUGUCCAAUUACUUUUUUUUUAAAAGCAUUAUAGGCACUAAUCCAAUGUUUUUGUUGUAAGAAUUAUUAAAUGUUUGACAAGCUAUUAUCUAACAUAAGAUUAGCAUAAAAAUAGCUAGUUUUGAACACUAGUUUAAAUGUCCCCGUCUCCCCCUUCAAAUUUGGAUUUGGCCUGUCCAAGUUCAUUUUCGGGCCUUAUUUUGUACCCUGUUUGUAGAAGUAUUGCUGUCCACAUGAAAUAGUAUUACGUUCUUGUCACAAUUGAAGCACUGCACACACAAAAGAGCAGCUUACGAAAUUAAAGAAUGAGAUGAAAAGAGGGAGACCUAAAGACACAUUAGAAAAGACUUAAAGUCUGCUUUUAUUGAAAGAUAUGUUUUAUGAAUUAUGAAUUUUAACCUCAAUAUGCUGUCUUAUUUGUAUAGUUUUGUGCAGUUUAUCUGAAUUAUAGUGGUGUGGCAAAGGUCAUUUUGACAGUAUGAGCUUGGACUAAGUGAAAAAGCUUCACUGACCAUACUUCUUUUUUUUUAUAUAUCUUUGACAUGUUUGAUACAUUAAACUUCAUGACAUAUUCAUCAUUAUUGUAAAGUAAUUUGCAAAAUACAUGCUUGCUUGUUUGUUGUUUUCAGUAUAUACAGUGUUGGUUAAUAAGCAGUUCUUGUCUGUUGCUCUUCCUGGAGCACGGCACAUUUGUAACCCAAAAUAGUUGUUGAGUUGACACUUUGACACUGUGACACCGUCUCUCUAAAGUGAAUGUGCUUCCUAUCAACUUGUUGACUGGUCUUCCACGUCUAAACACUUUACACUUGUAUAGAAAUACUCUUGUUCACUUUCUUAAUAGGUCUGAAUCUCACACAUUUUUGUUUCACUCGCUCUCGCUCUCUCAGCACUAAUACCUCUUUUACCGACCUUUGCUUGUUUUCCUCCGUAGGCAUACUGACUUUUAAUGUGAGACAGGCUGCUUUGUCCUUUUGUAAAGCUUUGCCUGACAAACUCAUAACUGUUAAUAGUUAUGUGCUGCAAUAUUUAGGUAAAUAUGCCCGUAUCUAUAUUCCAUGCUUUCAUUUUACAUUAAACUGCAUUUUUUUUUUUUUUUUCAGAGUGUUGGGUAAAUUUCUAUAGUAAAAUGUAAACUGAAAGUGCAAUGAUUUGUUAGCAACAUCAUUUAUUAUUGCAAAACCAUUUCUUCUUUCCCUUUUAAUUGAAACUUUAACAAUUCACGAAAGCACCAGGAAUCAACUUUAUAAAGGGAAUAAAAAAUUAUAAUUUCAGGCUCAGUGGACUGUCAUUGUGAUUUAAAUUUUAAAAAAAAAUAAAAAUUUUAUAUACAAUAUGUCAUUACCAUAAUGACAGAACAUAAGGUUGUAUGAAAAGAAUGUACAUAUGUUAAUAUAUUAGAAAAUACCUUUAUGUAUAACUUUUUUUUUUUACCAUUUUUAAUUGUAAUGUGGCAAUUUUUUCCGUUUCACUCUCUAUUCGAUAAAAGAUCCUUUUCUUUGUGGUAAACAUAUGACUGUGGAUUAGGCCAUGUACAUGCAUAGUAUGCACUCACUUUCAUUGGUAUUGACUCGUCAUACACGCACACACACACACACACUGUACUGUCCACCAUGACCACUGUGAGUGAAGCAGGAGGCUCUGGAUUUUGUAUAAAUGUACAUUUACUGUAACCCUGUGAAUGAUGUUACAGUUAAAUAAUUUGUAGUAUUGCUAUUGGUUUAUUUUCUAUGAAAGAACAUUUGUGGCCCGUUAUGUUUUUCUUCAAUAAAAUAUGGAGCA